CGACCAGUCCUGGUGACUCGAGCAAAUGAGUAUUCACAGCAACAGCCUGUCCAACAUGGCCAUGGAUAUAUAAUUUUGUGUUAACGGCCUUGUAUAGCUAUAUUCUCAUCACCUAUCCGUUACCAUCUUUUUAAACCAACCCCCUUUAUGAGUGAAUGUUAAUCACACUGAGACAUUUUCCGGAACACGAGACUCUCCAUCAGGGGACCACUGAUACUACUACUGAUAGAUCGUUUGCUUGCCUCAUCUGAUUAACCUGGCCCACCCUUAUAGCUCCAAGCCAUGGACGAUAAGGCUGAUUACCCCUCGGACUUCCUGCAAGCGCGAAACAACACCUUGACAGACGAUGAGGUAAACCAUCUGCUCGAGAAGCCGGGCUGCGCAGCUCGCUUCGUCUACGGAGUCCUCAUGCUCCCCACGGCACUAAAAUACUUCCUCGACAUGCCGCAGACCACGGACAUCGCCAAAUGCAUGAUGCACGCAACUGUGUACGGGUUCAAGCUCUACCACUUCAGCCCGGACAGCACACCCGUCAUGCUGCCCUCAGAGGACCCACAGCACCGAGUCGAAGGGAUGCUCAUCCUCGGAUUGAAUGAAGAACAUCGCAACAGGAUCUACGAAUAUGAGAGCGGGCUCAUGAGGCUUGUCGAUGUGCGGGCACAUGUCACUCAGCUGGACUCGUUCAAGGGCUACGAUAUUAGCAGUGUGCGGAUUGUCGAUGCGGGGGCGUUCGUCUGGAACCAAGAAAAGGUGGACGAGGCGAUGAAUGAGCUUCCGUCGACAGAACAAGGUCUGUAUACCUGGCCUAUGGAUGGACUUUUGUGUAGCCAGAUAUAUCGGAAUAUGCUUGCGGCUCAGCGCGCGUCGACGAUCGAUUUGGCGAGAACGUCGGCACCGAAUGCUUAGGGGGUGGUCCAGCUUGCUGGGAACAUGGAUCCAAUGAGUAGACGUUCUGGCUUGGUUACUUGGCGUUUGGUCGGUUGAAGGAUCUAGACUGUCUAUUUGUAC